AUGGCCAGACCCACAACCGAAUUUGCAGUGCUCUCGUUAGUACCAGGAGCAAACUUGGUGGAUCCUGAGUCUGAAGGGAGCCGCAUCUGGAGAGAUUGCCUCAAGACAUUGAGUUCCUUUGAGGGGUUUCGCAGCUCCCUCUACAGCGUCGAUGAAAAGAACACCAAUACCAUGGUAGAGAUCGUGGACUGGGAGAGCAUCGAGGCUCACCAAGCAGCCACCGAAUCUCCCAAAUAUGGCCCUUUCUUGGAAAAAGUGAGCGCCAUCUUGGCCGGGCCUCCAAACCUCAAAUAUGCCAUGCUCAAUGUCUACGGGGCGGAAGGAGAGUUAAGCCUGUCUCCACCGGCCGCCGCUUUCAAAGAUACUCCGACCGUCAUCCAGAAGUUCUACUUCCCGGCUUCUGUCGAUGCUGCGGCAGUUGACGCAUCGGCUCUCGAAAUGGUCCAGUCGGUCAAGAGCUUGAAGGGGUUCAAGGCGGCGGCAACAGGGUGGUUGCUUGAAGACGUUGAGCACCAGGUAUUGGGAGGAAGCGCAGGCAAAGGUUUCGUUUUGGUUACGGGCUGGGAGAAUCCUGGCCUUGCCAUUGACUUCAACACGUCUCUGAUUGCCAACCAUGAGCUUCAAAGAGUUGGAGCCAAGGCAGACGAGGGUUUCGUCGCUAACUUCUAA